AACGAAAUUUAAGUGAAAUAGCUAAAUAUUUAAUUGAUCAUGAAAAUGAAGAAUUCAAGCUUCAAAUGAAGGCAGAAAGAAAGUACGAAGACUACAAUUGCAAUCCCAGAUUCAUUUCAGCGUGAAAUUGCCAUUUUUGACAACAAAAAAAAAUCCCAGAUCGACUUUAACAAUAUAAGGGAAGGCUACAUUAGCUUUGGGGGAGAGAAAAAUAAGCCCUUCUUCAAGGAAUCUUCCCUCAGAGCAAACUGGCAGUGUGUUUAUGAACAUAUUUACCACACUAAGCAUAAUAUCAUCGACCAGCAAAAGCAGAUAAGGAUGUGCCGAAGAAAGCGCAGAAAGGUUAAAGAUGGAAAGAAAAGAGGAAAAAGCCCUUCGAAAUGACUUUCAGUACCCGACAGUCCUUCUAGCAAUAAGCUAAGACUCAGUGUUCAAGGUACAUACCUCCCUUGCAAAAGAGAGAAUCGUAACAAAUCCAUACAAGAAAGUGAGAAGAUUAACAAACGACAAAUUGGUUCAGUCUUCCUAAACAUCAUGAGUAAGAUAUACAAAGAGAAGAGCAAGAGACCUCGGUCAAAGCUAUCCCAGCUUAGAGUUGAUGCAGAGAAUUUUAAGAGAUCUUCCCUUCAAGAGAUUUCUAUUAUUAAGAAACAUCUUCAUACCCAAUUCAUUUGAAAAGGGAGGAGGAAAUAAUAAAAACUUGGAAGGAUAUUUAUACUCAAAUAACCGCAACAGAGAGAGAGCCAAUCGGUCCUUUGGCCCAAUUGAGAAAGUUAUAAAUGAGUCAGUUAGAGUUCUAUCAUCUGAGAAAAAGAUUUCAUCAAUAGGAAUUAUUAGCAACCACAGAAAUCGAGAAAGGUUUAGGUCAACUAAUGUAUCUUUUUCUUAAAAAGCGAUAAUUCAAUUGGGUCUAAUUUAACAAACAAUGAAUCUGAAGCUGACUGCAAUAACAUCUUACUUAAAAUCCCAAAGAAAGUUUUUACAAAAUUCAAAAACCAGAGCAAUCUAAGACCCAAUCCAAACCCAAAUUCACCAUUAUAUCUCCCUAAAGCACCCUUCGAACCAUCAAAAAUAAAAAACAAGCUUUUCCAAACCCUCCACAACAAAAACUCCUUCCUUUCUCCAAUCUCAAAAUCCAUCCUCCACUUAAACCCCCGCAUCCCCUGCCUCAAAUCCCCAAAGACUCCCAAAAUCCUUAAAUAAUUCCCCAAAUUCCGU